AGUUUUGCAAUAAUAUAAUAAUUAAAAAAAUGAACUAAUAAUAUUUUUCUUUCGUAGAUUUGCAUACAUGGUAAACGAAAAAUUCAGGGUUAUAAUUGCCGUCCAGUUCACAGCGAGCAUGUUAGUGGUGUGCUCCAAUUUGUAUCAAAUGGCCAAGAUAACAUUGAGCGCGGAAUGUAUUCCAUUAAUGCUGUACACAUUCUGUAUAGCUUUACAAAUUCUUAUUUAUUGUUGGUACGGGAAUGAAGUAAGACUAAAGAGCAUUCAAUUAUCUGAUGAGAUUUUCGGAAUGGAUUGGAUAAAGGUAGACAAAAAAAUGAAAGAGAAUCUUAUAAUGAUUAUGAAUCGUUCUCUGAGGCCAAUCGAAUUUUCUAGCAUACAUAUUGUUACAGUGAAUCUAGACUCUUUCGUAAAGUUGCUUAAGACAUCGUAUUCGGUGUAUAGUAUACUUCAGCAUAUGUAGAAAAAAAUAAUAAUGUCCUUAAAGAUAGAGAGAGAAAGAGAAAGGGAGAAGUAGUACCCAAAACGUGAGCACACGCGGUGCGUAUCAAAAAAUACUAAACAAUAAGCGUAAAUACAUCCCGUGAUGGUGGAGUUGUAGUUUCUUGCGCGAUUGCAUAUAUAUAUAUUGUA